AUGCAGAUCAAGACUCUCCUCCUCGCUCCUCUCGUCGCCGCUGGCGUCUCUGCCGCCCCUAAGAAGGCCGCUCCCCAGAACGAGAUCUUCCAGGGUCUCUCCCUCCGCUCUGCCAGCGACAUCCACUUCACCUACCUCCAGGCCGCUCAGGAGCACUUCUCCCUGAAGCUCAAGGACCAGAAGACCAGCUGUGACCGCGGCGUCAAGGAGAACCAGGCCACCCUCCACCUCUUCGAGGAGCAGCUUUUCCUUUAUAAGACCGACAACCCUCCCCAGCAGGUCUACGUUGACCGCUCCGGUAUGGGCCAGGGCAUCAUGGGCUACACCACUGGUGCCCAGCCCAAGCCCAAGAACGGGGAGUACAAGGGCUGGUCCAUCGGCAAGGAUGGUAACCUCAAGUUCAACGGUGCCAGCUUCAUCGCCUGCCCCAACAACCCCAAGAAGCCCGCCACCUCCUCUUGGUCCGUCUGGGUCAGCGCUGGUGUGAACCAGCCCGGUGGUAGCUCUGGCUGCCUCGGCUUCAAUAUCAAGGCCGUCGAGGUCAAGAAGCCCGUCGGCUGCUACUACUCCAACGUUCCCCAGCAGUAA